GCAGCCGGGGCCGGCAUCGACUCUCUAAGCGCGCAGUUGUGGAUCUACUUACGGAGGCUGAGUGCGAGGCUCGGCCGUUCAUCUCCUUCGACUGCAAUUUAAAACUGUGCAUAGGCAAGCGACCAGGAGCCAGCAAACGCUCUGACUAAGCAGGCUCUGACCAGCUGCCACGCCGUCGGCGCUGCAUAAUUAAUUCGAGCGCAGUCAUGCGUUUGCCAUUAAUCAUACUAGUCGCUGCCACAACCCAAGCUUUCAAAUCGAGCUUUAUCAACCUCGGCGGCGUCCGGCACCACGUCCGCGACAGCGGCGAGACGGACGGCCCACUCGCGAUUUUCUUCCACGGCUUCGCGGGCUCUGCUGCGAGCUUCGAGGACGUGGCUCCGCUGCUCGCAGCUAAAAAUGUGCGCUGUAUUGGCGUUGACCGCGUCGCGUUCGGCCUAACAGAACGACCUGCUCCGGCGUCGCUGCCAGCGCCGCCAAAGCUCCCGGGCAGCGCCACGCUCGCCGCGUCGCUCGAAGGAGGCGGUGGUCCGCAGUACCUCGCGGGCGGGCUGCUGCCCGAGGCGCGCGCGGCGAUCGCUUCGGGCCUCCGGCGGCCCGAAACGCUGGCGCCGAGCUUACCCUGGACGCUUGCCGGAUUCCGAGGCGACCCCUACGCGCCCGAGUUCCAGCUGAAGGCCCUCUCGACGCUGCUGCGGCGGCGCCUCGCGCCGCGAGAACGCGACGUCUACGUCAUUGGCCACAGCGCGGGCGGACCGUACGCGCUGCGGGCGUGUUCCGACCUCGUGCUGCCGCGCGGGCAUGCGGUGAAGGGCUGCGCGUUGAUCGCGCCGGCUGUCUUGGAUCCGCGGGAGGAUCCCGAAGCCUACGCCGACUUCGACGCGCCGCCGCUCCUGGAUCUGCCCGACGCUCUGCCCGAGUCGCUCAGGAAUCGCGCCGAAACUGAAGCGCGGAACGCUGCGUUCGGGACGCUCUUGGCCCUUCCAGACGCCUUCGCGCUGCCCACCGCGCGACGCAUUGCGGAUGAUCGAAACUUCACAGAAGCUGUCUUGGGGCAAAUGCAUCCGCGCAUGGGCGCUCCGGAGCACGAGAAGACGUAUGUUCCAGCGUCCUAUUCUAAAUUCAACCGGCGAGCGGGGGUCAGGAAACGCCAUCAACGCGACUCAUCACACAGGAUCAGACGAUGCGUGGCCAAGUACACCGAGCCGCUGGAGCUCGAAGCCUGGGACGUCGGGCUCUUACGCCACUACCGCGCCGAGCGCGCGUCCGAAGCCGAGACCGGUCGCGCGCUGAUCGAGCGAGCGAAAGGGAGUGCAAGAUUUCUGACCGUGACGGGCGACGUCGACCGCAUCGUUCCCGCUUCUGCUACUGCAACGGUGGCGGAUCUGUUAGGAGCGGAGGCGCGGACGAUCGCCGACACGGGUCACCUGCCUCUCGACGAACGGCCCCAGGAAGUCGCGGAUGUGCUGUUGGAGUUCAUUAGCUCGUAAGUAUUUAACUGUUA